ACACACACACACACAGAGAGAGAGAGAGAGAGAGAGAGAGAGAGAGAGAGAGAGAGAGAGAGAGAGAGAGAGAGAGAGAGAGAGAGAGAGAGAGAGAGAGAUGGCUUCGCAGCAGCCAUUAUCGCAGGAGGCGAGCCAAGCUCCAGGUCUUUUAAAAGUGAGGUUGGAUUCCAUCCGUGGGUUCUACGAGGAGGAGGUAACGGAGCUAAACGGCGUUCUAAACGGCGGACUAAACAGCGGACUAAACAGCGGACUAAACGGCGGACUAAACGGCGGACUAAACGGCGGACUAAACGGUGGGAGUCAAGUAGAAGCUUACACCUUUCUGGAAUUGAACACUCAGGGUUCUGAUUUCGAUUACCCUGAGUAUCCCCAGCUGACUCAGGUUUCCCGCGCUUCUCAGCAAUGGGCAGGUAAUGGGGUAGACGUCAACGUAUCAGCCCCUUUGGACGACGAAGUGGACGGGAUUGGCGGCAGCGGCGGCGGCGGCGGCGGCGGCGGCGCUGAAGAAGCGGCGGCAGAGGCGGGGAAUGGGGUUAGUGGCGGGAGUGGAGGCGGGGUAGGCGGAGUCGUCGGAGUCUCCUCCUCGACUUCCGCUGAUGCCACACCCCCGGGCGCUCACCCCGACAACCUAUCCGAAGGCGUGUCGGGAUCUCAGACCGAAGUUAUUAAUGGGAUACUUACCAGCGGCGUGAGUGAAUUGAGCUUCGACGAGACAGGCGACGAAGAGCCGUUGGAUGCCCACGCUAAGCAUCGGGACCUCCCCGAGCACGCGUGCAAGUACUGUGCCAUUCAUAACCCCGGAUGCGUGGUCAGGUGCAACGUACCCUCGUGUCGGAAAUGGUUCUGCAACGCGAGGGGCAACACGUCAGCAUCGCAUGUCAUCAACCACCUGGUGAGGGCAAAGCACAAGGAGGUGAGUCUCCAUCGGGACACACCUCUGGGCGAGACGAUCUUGGAGUGCUACAACUGUGGAUGCCGCAACGUGUUCUUGCUGGGGUUCGUUCCCGCGAAGUCGGAGUCCGUUGUGGUGCUCCUGUGUCGGGAUCCCUGCCUGAGUGUGAACGGUCUGAAGGAUAUGAAUUGGGAUCUGAGUCAGUGGCUGCCACUGAUCGACGACGGAUGUUUCAGGGACUGGUUGGUGAAAGUUCCGUCGGAACAAGAGCAACUGCGGGCUAGACAGAUCAGUGCCCAGCAGAUCAACAAGAUGGAAGAGCUGUGGAAGACCAAUCCAGACGCAACGCUUGAAGAGCUCGAAAAGCCAGGAGUGGAUGAUGAACCACAACCGGUAGCUCUUCGCUACGAGGAUGCAUAUGAGUACCAGAACGUGUUUGGUCCGCUGGUGAAAUUGGAGGCUGAUUACGACAAGAUGAUCAAAGAAUCGCAAACGAAGGAUAACAUCACCGUUAGAUGGGAUAUAGGCCUGAACAAGAAACGAAUAGCCUACUUUGUUUUCCCAAAGGAGGAUAAUGAGCUUCGACUGGUUCCCGGGGACGAGCUGCGACUGCGCUACGGUGGGGACGGCACUCAUCCUCCCUGGCAGUGCGUAGGCCACGUGGCGAAGCUGACCGCAGCCGAAGAGGUGGCCCUUGAGCUCCCCAGCAGCCAGCAGAAUGUCCCGGCUGACGUCAACCAUAACUUCAGCGUGGACUUCGUAUGGAAGAGCACAGGGUUUGACAGGAUGCAAGCGGCGCUGAAGACGUUCGCCGUGGACGAGACGAGCGUGAGUGGGUACAUCUACCACAAGAUCUUGGGCCACGAGGUGGAGCCGCAAGUGGUGCGAAACACUCUUCCGCGCCGUUUUGGCGCGCCCGGGCUGCCCGAGCUGAACCACUCACAGGUGUACGCUGUCAAAAGCGUUCUGCAGAAGCCCCUUAGUUUGAUCCAGGGCCCACCUGGAACUGGCAAGACAGUGACGUCGGCUGCCAUUGUGUACCAGCUUGCAAAGCAGAACCAGGGGCAGGUCAUCGUGUGUGCGCCCAGCAAUGUUGCAGUCGACCAGCUUGCGGAGAAGAUCAGUGCCACGGGUUUGAAGGUGGUCAGACUGUGUGCAAAGUCAAGGGAAGCUGUCAGCUCACCUGUGGAGCAUUUGACCCUACAUUAUCAGGUCAGACACUUAGACUCUCCAGAGAAGAGUGAGCUGCACAAACUGCAGCAACUCAAGGAUGAACAGGGGGAGCUGUCCAGUGGGGACGAGAAGAAGUACAAGGCGUUGAAGAGAGCAACCGAACGCGAGAUUGCACAGAGUGCAGAUGUAAUCUGUUGUACAUGUGUGGGCGCCGGCGACCCGCGGCUGGCGAAUUUCCGCUUUCGACAGGUGCUUAUCGACGAAUCCACGCAGGCGACCGAGGUCGAGUGUCUUAUUCCCCUCGUUCUGGGAGCCAAGCAGGUCGUUCUGGUUGGCGAUCAUUGCCAGCUGGGCCCAGUGAUCAUGUGCAAGAAGGCAGCAAAGGCUGGCCUUGCUCAGUCCCUUUUCGAGAGACUGGUUCUCCUCGGCGUCAAGCCCAUUCGGUUGCAGGUGCAGUAUCGCAUGCAUCCUGUUCUGUCGGAAUUCCCCUCAAGCACGUUCUACGAAGGAAGCCUUCAGAAUGGAGUGACAAUGCACGAGCGUGCGCAGACGGGCGUCGACUUUCCCUGGCCUGUCCCAAACAGACCCAUGUUCUUCUAUGUGCAGAUGGGUCAAGAGGAGAUAAGUGCCAGCGGCACGUCGUACCUGAACCGCACGGAGGCGGCCAAUGUGGAGAAAAUUGUGACCACCUUUCUGAGAAGUGGGGUGAAUCCCAAUCAGAUUGGCGUAAUUACCCCUUACGAAGGGCAAAGGGCGUACAUUGUAAACCACAUGGCGCGGAAUGGGUCGCUAAGGCAGCAGCUGUACAAGGAGAUUGAGGUUGCGAGCGUGGACUCGUUCCAAGGACGGGAAAAAGACUUCAUCAUCCUUUCCUGUGUGAGGAGCAAUGAGCACCAGGGAAUCGGUUUCUUGAAUGACCCUCGCAGGCUCAACGUGGCCCUCACGCGAGUCAGAUAUGGUCUUGUUUUGCUGGGCAAUCCCAAGGUCCUGAGUAAGCAACCCCUGUGGAAUGCUCUGUUGUCACACUACAAGGGGCAUGAGUGCCUGGUGGAAGGGCCCCUGAAUAAUCUGAAGCAGAGCAUGGUUCAGUUCCAGAAGCCAAAGAAGGUGUACAAUGAUCGGCGGGUCCACCCAGCAUUGAUGUCAGUUGUCGCUGCUAUUGGCUCAGGAGGGGGAGAUGCGAACUUUGUGCCUGUCCCCACAGCGAAUGCUGCCACCAGCAAUGGUGGUGCCACCGGCAAGGUGGUUCAUGCGGCUAGCAGCGACCGACGAAGUGGUCGUGCAAGAGUGGUUCUAGGAGAUGAAAGGCGGGGAGGGGUUGUGCCGUUUCCUGCUAUGUCCAAUGGGCACAAAGGCAUUCCGGGGGCUACCUUGCACCCUCGCAUUCCUGCCCCACUUCCAGGUCCAAUUGGGCAACCUUAUGCCAUUCCUGUAGGGGGGGGGGAUUGUGCCUUGCCUGGUCCGAUUGGCCCACAACCGGGUGCGCGAGGUUUUGCUGUGGGACGUGGUGCUGGCAUUCCUGCAUCGCAGCAGUCCCAGCAGCAGCAGCAGCAGCAGCAGCAGCAGCAGGAGCAGCAAGAACAGCAGCAGCAACAGCAGCAGCGCCGGCAGCAGGAGCAGAAAGCAAAUUUCCGCUUUUCCGGAUUCGAAGGAGCAAGUCAAGGCUUUGGUGGACCGAUGACUCAACAAGGACCAAUGACGCAGAAUCAUUUGCGCCCGGGACUGAGUCAGCCACUGAGAGACGGCUUUUCCGUUGGACCAGCCUCGCAGGAGAUCUUCAUUGGGGAGGACUUCAAAUCCCAGAGCUCACAUGUUGCCUACGCUGGGCCUGAUUUUGUCCCAAUGCCUUCGCAGCCUUAUGCAGGUGUCGACGUUGUGUCCCCGGCCUCACAAAACACUAUGUUUGGUGGUGAGUACGGCACCCAAUGCUCUCAGGGGCUGUUUGCCCACCAUCAGCAGCAACCGCUUGUCUCAGAUGUUAUUUCUCAGGACUUCAUAGGUCAUGCAUCGCAAGGCCCUUUCACCCAGACCGGAUUCGGCGAGAGAGGAGGGCACGAUGAUCCGACCAGUCAACCCUUCUUUGGAUUAUCAGCCCAAAAUGCCUCGCAGGGCGGUGACUUAUCAGCAAUAUAUAUGCAUCACUUCAGCCAGUUCACACAGCCUCAUGUCCCGCACAGUCAGCCACAAACUCAGCAACGGCUGAUGUCAGCUGUGCUGCAAGGCCAGCAUCAGCAGCAGCAGAGAUCUGUGCAGUUCACUCUACCUCAGUCAGCAGAAAUGGUAGCUCUGCAUGCAUGCCUGCAGAUGGUGCAAGCGCUGAACUCUUUGGAUGCACAAGGCAUCCGUGUGUUCCUGUGGGAAAAGGGGACAGGGUGGCUUGCAGAUGCGAAGCAACUGUGGGGUUAUGACAACGCAGCAGACGGAGGCAGGCAGACGGCUGAAUAUACCUUCGCAACGAGAAUUGAAGGAGAUCCGGCAGGGAAGGGUACCAAGGACGACGUCUUUGUGGCAAAGGGAACGGAAUAUAGAGGAGAUGACGUGGUGCACAGGGGAAAGGUGGGAUGAGAAAGGGCUAAUGGUGGGCAAUUUUCACCGCAAACCUUUUAAUUGAACGGGUGGCCGAUGGAAGGAAGGCCUUCAGUUGCACCUUGCUUUGGUUGAAGGGUUUUCUUUUGUCAGUAUGGAAGGAGGGCAUUCAGCGGCACCUCGCUUUGGCCGGACAGGGUCUCGUCAGUGGGAGUUACUUGAGGAUAACUCUUCUCUCCAAGCAGUACCGAGAACCGUGUAGUAUGUCGUCUUACACGGAUUGAGUGUUUGAUUGGCAUGAGCUUGAUCUGCUUUCCCAUGAUCUUCCGAUUUUGUGGGUGAAGGAGACGGAGUGGCAGUUGCAAUGCGCGUUACCUGCGCACAGGGGCCUAGAAGUUGAGAUGCUGUUUUCUGUGUGCUACUUUUUUGGGGCAUGCCUAAUUUGAUGGAGUGGCAGUCGCAGUGCAUGUCAAAUGCGCGCGGGGCUUUAGAUGAUGUUUUUCUGUGUAGCCGCUACCAUUCCAUUUUUUCCGAAAACGAUUUUCAUUUCCGAGCGGGGGAUUAGAUUAACACAAUUGCCUGCUUCGCGCCUUUUGUGGGUUCGAGUCCCACUAGCGCUGCUUUUGGUGCAUGCCUUAUUUAUCCAUACACAUGAUACGCGGUUGACGGAGUCCACGGUCGCCGCACCUCCUUUUCAUCAGCGGCCCGAAUGCCUGGACUUGCUGGGUAAGGGGUGAUUUUGUGUUGUCCCGGUGAAUUAUUGAUCCGUCUGUGUACUGAGUGGCUCAUGGGCCUGAUGUACACAGCAGCAUGAGGAAGCCGUGUGGUCAGCUGCUGUGCGAGGAAGCGAUGCCCAACUCUCCGACGGGGGGCCACUCACGGCUUGGCGUGUGGUAUGGCUGAGUUGGCAAUUAGGUGCUUUGCACCUGACCUCUGCUACUUCUUUGGGAGAGAGAGCGACUCCUGCGUUCCUACGUGUUACAGAUCUCUAACGCAAGUGCUGCACGAUGACAGGAAGCUGAGCCCAGAUCAGGGAUGGAAGACAUUGGUCUGCCAGAAUCGGGGCAUACUCAGACUAGGAAGCUCUGGGCGUGAUUGCGGUCAGAUUCGUCCAGGUCUGACCGUAAUUGUGGUCAGAUACAACCAGGUCGGACGGUAAUUGCGCUCAGAUACAUGUUAGGAAAGUACGAGUGUGAUUAUGCCCUCAGGAUGAUUAUUAUGGCUAUAAAAUGGGCUGUUGGGCUAUAUGGACAUCACAGAGAGAUUCGGAUGAGGCCUAUCAAAAAGAUGGUGGCCCGGAGGAUGCACCACUCUUGCUGAGACAGACUAGUGCCGAGCGCAAUAUCUGGCGACCUGAAUGGGUUGAAGAGGUCUCAGAUCUACGUUUUCGUCGAGAAAUAAAGAGCGAUUGACAGU